UUGAGGACUUGCAGAGAACUCCAACACUGAGUACUCCAUACACAGAACCCAGCUAUUGUUUCCCCAAACAUGCCUAUCUCAGUCACAUCACCAUCAAGGGAACUGCAUUCACACAACGUGGACAUGGAGGACAAGAGAAGAAAGCAGACAAAGGGAAGCGACUUGAAAUCCCGACUACAGCGCAGAUCUUCCCAAGCCCCCAACACUGAACGACUUAGCCCUGAGGAAAUUAUCCUGUGGUCCCAGUCUUUAGAGAGACUUCUCGCAUCAAAAAAUGGCAUGACAACAUUUCAAGCCUUCCUGAAGACGGAGUUCAGUGACGAGAACAUUGAGUUCUGGCUGAUCUGUGAAGACUACAAGAAGAUCAAGUCAUCCUUCAGGCUGUCCUCCAGGGCCAAGAAGAUCUACAAGACAUACAUUGAAGCCGAGGCUCCAAAAGAGAUCAACAUUGACCACAAGACCAGAGAUCUCAUCAGGCGGAAUGUGAAGACGCCCACCACAGUUUGCUUCGACGAGGCCCAGAGGAUUGUGUACAGAUUGAUGGAGAAAGACUCCUACCCCAGGUUCCUCAGAGCCAACAUCUACAGGACCUUACUGGACUCUGCAUCAGACUACAUUAAGAUGUAAAUGAAUGGUAGAAACUGGACCGAGGCUUCCAACAAUGGACUGCAAUGUCAGACAGCCAGGAAGGGUUUGCAAAUGGGAUUCAUAAGAAGAUGUGUCCAAAUGUGAAUUCUACUGGGUACAGAGAUAACAGGCCAAAGGGAAAGGCUGGAAGGAACGUACAGAAGCGACUUUGCUGGCAAUCCUUGUUGACCUAUGUGGCUAGUAGUCUUUGUACUUUCACUUGAAAAAGAAGCACAACAGGGUCAGCAGCUCGUUGGUCAGGUAGCCUAGUGGUUAAGAGCGUUGGACCAGUAACUGAAAGGUUGCUGUUUCUAAUCCCUGAGUUGACUAGGUGAAAAGUAUUUUGAUGUACCCUUAAGCAAGGUGUACCCUAGUUGCUCCUGUAAAUCGCUCUGGAUGAGAGUGUCUGCUAAAUGAUUAAAAUGUAAAUUUAACAUAUGACACAUAGAAAGGGAUUACAGAGACCAUAGAAAUAGAUUGUAUUUCUAUGACAGAGAUGGGGUGCUGGGGGAUUACCUUGCCGAGCAUUUGAUUGCUAGGGACUUUCUGUGUCAAAGUUCUGGGGAUGUUUUCAAUGAUGCAUCUAAAACAGCCAGAGCAGGUAUCUGCAGUUCAUCAGUGGAGUUAUUUAAUGAGACAUUAGAUACAAUUAUCUACUAAGUUUGUCUUUUAAAUCCAAUACAAUUUUAGAAUGGGUUUAUGUAUGUACUCUAACACAACACCAUGAGGCAUGUAAGCUAAAAAAACAUGUUGGAGAAUUAAUAUGUGAAGGAAUGACAAUGUAAAAAUGUUGCGCUGUACGUAUGUAAAAAUUAAGAUUUGUCUAGUUGUAUUUAUACAACAUGAUUUCCAAUAUAAUUAAUGUACUUGUUUGCUAAAUUAGGAUCUUACUGAAUAUAAAUUCAAUAAAAACACAUACAUUUACAAAAAUAAAUUACUGC